UUAGUUUAUUUACUGUUGAGUUUUUUACGUAUUGUUUAGUUUAUUUAUGUGAGGAAAAGUGGUAGGUCUCAUUUAUAAGAGGAAUGCCUCCCUUAUACUAUGGGCUCACUCAUACAUAAUUAACAUGCAUCAAUAGUUUAUUUAUGAGAGGAAAAGUGGUUGGUCUUAUUUCCAAAAAUAAGUUAUAAGUGUAUAAAUUAAAAAUAAAACUUCUAGAAAAGGAAAUUUAGUAAAUUAAAAGAAAACAGUGGGAGUACUUCAUAAGGCAAGUGCUUGCUUGGUUAGACUUCAUAGCAUCACACUGCAAGCUUCAUUCAAUUCUGUAGUCUUUUCAUGUCUUCAGCAAUUGUUAUGAAUGGCAAGAAGGGAAAAAAUGUUGAUGAGACGAUAGAGUUAGCAAAGACUAUUAUCGCCUCGUCAAAAAGUUAUGUUAUGAGUCAAUUGCAAUAUUUGCAAAACAGUGUGGUCGUCUCUCUUAGCAACUCCACCCUUGCGAGUAUCCGAUUCUCCCGAUCGAAAGAUUGGUAUGGGAUUAUCGUUCCGGAUCCGGCAGCUUAUCCUUCAGUCAUUCCUUCUAAGGAUUCGGCUAGCUUUAUCCAUCACGGUUAUGGCUCCCAGGGCGCAAUAGUGUAUUUUGGCACCAACAAGCUUGGAGUUCAAUGUGUUUGGCUUUUGGCUUGGGCUGCACCUACUGAUCCCUCUAGUACUCCAAAUAGGGUGCAUGUUGAGUGUGGGCGAAGUACAAAUUACACAAGCAUAGAUUGGAAUACAAUCUUAAAUAGGCUGAAUGCGUCACCAACCUACAAUUACUUCAAAGACUCGAUUACUAAUGCCACCAUUGCUGCUGAUAUCAAUCCAAACGGUAGCUUUGCAUUGAUUACUGCAGAUUUUGGAGCUGUUUAACUCUCUGCAAUUAAGAACUGGGAUCCAAAGGAGUAAUUUUUAAUAAUAAUGUACGCGUGGUCGCGUGGAUAGAUCACUCAUAACAAGCAAGCUAUUUAAUUUCUCAAAAAUCAUCUUUAAAUCUUACUCUGUAUCACAUUGUUCAUGUUUAAUUCUCCCUCCGUCCCAUAAUAAAUAAUACGUUGGACGUUUUUUUCUUUCUUUCA